CCCCAACAGGAUGCAGUAAAUGUAACCCAUACGUCAAGAGUGUACGUGACAUACGAGGCCGAGCCCCUUCCCCCCUCAGUCAGGCGGAGUGAACCAUUCCACUUCAGCUCCACUCUGCUAUUACUUGAGCGCUAACUUGUUGGCAAUGUGUGAUGUCCGGCCUUUCCCCAAAUGUUCCCAGAUAACCAUUUGAAAGGUUUUAGUCUCCAAUGGUUGUACCAAAUGUAGGAUGGGACUUACGUUGAACGGAGCUUGCUUUGCAUUUAUUCUUGCUGUACAGCUCGCAUAUCUGUUCCACGCUGUGAGGGCGGCUGGGAAGUGCGAUGCAGUCUUUAAAGGUUUAUCGGAUUGUUUGCUGAAACUCGGAGGCAAUGUGGCUCAGUACCCACAGGAACUGGAUGAUAAGCAAAACCGCCAAACCAUCUGCUCAUACUGGGAAGACUUCCACGCCUGCGCCACCACCGCCCUCGCUGACUGUCAGGGGGGAGCGGCCGAUGUUUGGGAAAAGCUGAAAAAAGAUUCCAAAAAUCUCAAUUUCAAAGGCAGUUUGUUUGAACUGUGUGGAACGAAUGGCUCGGCCAACGCAAUAAUUCCCCAGAGUUUCAUCUUCACGGUUUUAACACUGUCUGCAUUAGUGACCUGGAUUACACUCUAAGGAGAACGCACGCAAAAGCAUUAGAGAGAGAGGAGAGAGAGAGAGAGAAAAAAAAACCACACACACACCAUCGUAUUGGAUUUUUGCAAUCAUUUCAGAAUUAUCGGGACGUAUUGAUUCAUCAGUGACCCAGAAGACAUUUUGCCAGAACUGGAAAUAUCCUUCGGUUGCACACAACGCGAUCCGUCCUUAUUUGCCAAAUGUUACCGAGCAGUGAUUGACAGCAAACACAAAUCUACAGACUUUGCACCUGUGUCAUUUCAAGAGAAAAAAAAAUGCAAACUGUAAACCCACUUCGGUUCAAACUCAGGAACGGCCUCUGGCCAUAUGCUAAACAGUGUGGGUUCUUCGGAGAGAGAGAGAUAGAGAGAGAGAGAGAGAGAGAGAGAGAGAGAGAGAAGGAGAGAGAGAGAGAGAGAGAGAGAGGGGGAGAGAGCAAAGCAAAAAGCUGUUCACUCUUUGGUGUAAUUCGUUGUGAAUAAUUUAACACCUUGGUUAUUGCUGCUGCCUCCAGUGCAGUUUCAGAUUAGAGUUUUUUAUCAUUUCGCACCUCUCCUCAUCGCGCCAAGAAAACUACAGUAUUCACCUCAAAACGUGGAAGACGGAUGUUGCACAAAUUCGUCCCUCUUGGAAGAAAAUCGCUGAUUUGUUUCGUAGUGUAAAAGAUAUGUCGUCACCCUCACACGCUUUUAUUUUACAACAAAUUACUUUAUAUAUGAUAUGAUAUGAUAUUAUAUUCGCUGACUCGUUUGGGAUGUGGGAACAGUAAAGCCGCAUAGAUCACAGGGGGUCUUAAAUGGAUUUCAAAAGAAAUGGUACGAGACCCCAAUUCCUGAUUUAGAAAUUAACAACAUUUAAAUCGACAAUUUAAAGAACGUAAAUCGGCGACACAAACAAAAACCCAGAGAGCGAGAGAGAGAGAGAGAGAGAGAGAGAGAGAGAGAAGGGGGGAAACAGGAAUAGCUGCGUAUCCAGAAAUAAUGCAAAACAAGUUCUGUGCUUGAAAUCACGGCGUCCCCUGUUGUUUUUGGGCGAAGUGAGACAGCAAGAGCGUAGGGGAAAAAAAGGAUUAUCGCAACAUGUUAAAAUACCUGCGAGAGAAUGGUUACAAAGCUGCUGUACGAUUUGUAUUAAAAUGAUGACGUCGAACUAUA